AUGACAGGUGUUCCUACAAGAAGAGGAGACAGCACCCAGGAUGUGAGCACCUCCCGCCUCACCACAGAACAAAUCUUGUACAACAUAAAACAGGAGUAUAAAUGCAUGCAGAAGAGAAGACAUUUAGAAACUAAUUUCCAACAGACAGAUCCAUGUUGUAGUUCUGAUGCACAACCACAUGCAUUUCUCCUCAGUGGACCAGGCUCACCAGGGACAUCACCUGCAACAUCCUCACCAUUAAAAAAAGAACAGCCCUUAUUUACCCUACGGCAGGUUGGAAUGAUCUGUGAACGUUUGUUGAAAGAAUGUGAAGAGAAAGUACGAGAAGAGUAUGAAGAAAUAUUGAACACAAAACUUGCAGAACAAUAUGAUGCAUUUGUGAAGUUUACCCAUGAUCAAAUAAUGCGACGAUAUGGAGAACAGCCUGCUAGUUAUGUUUCAUGAAUCACGUUUUCUGCAUUUGUGGGCUGCCUUGUUCCUUGUGGAGUUGUUGCAGGAGGUCCCAAUUAAGACAUGCAGCAAUGCCAAUAACCCCCUGUGAAUACAGGUUAUUUCAAGCUUUCGUCAGUGGCAACUCUUAGGCAGCAGCAGCUGGUUUUGGAAAUUUCCCUGAUGUCAGUACCACCUGGAUGUGGACUUAGGCUACCUGUAUUAAUACCAGUGGCCUCAUUUUGUUGUAUCCUUACAAUUUGGCUUCUUAUGUGUUUGAAAAGGAUUAAAGCUGGUGUUCUAGAACAUGCCCUUUGCUGGUUGUGUAAAUAAAACUGUAGAAUGACACUUCAGAUGAAGUUAGUGUGAUUUUAAUUGUGCACUACAACCAAGCUGUAACCAGUUAUUAAUAAUUUAGAAUGUAAUCCCAGGACAAUAUUAAGCAAAUAGCCUACAAUGCUUCCUAUGACAUAGUGGAAGAGGAGGGCAUUUCUGUAUUCCAGGACUUC